ACUUUAACUGGUCCCCUCUAUGUUGUUGUCUGAGACAAUGAUUUUGAGUUCAAGAAUGGCUUGGCUUGCAUAGUUGGCAAUGUCCUUCUUCUCUUUUACCUGGAUCCGUACACACUUCACCUUCUCCUAUUCACUCUUUGUUCUUUCUCUUUGCCACUACUAGUUGUUAGUUAACCUGCUUCAAUCCACACACCCACCUACUUUCUCUCUCUCUCUCUCUCUCUCUCUCUCUCUCUCUCUCUAAUUACUCUUCCAUUUAUUGCUUCCCUUUGCAUUCAUUCACUCUACAAUCCACAUAUUCAUUGCUUUCAGAGCCAGUUAUUAACAAAAUAAAUAAAGGGUCAUCUUCUUUUUGGUUUUUGAAGAUGCCUUUGGUGAGGUUGCAGGUGAAAAAUGAGUUUGGUUUAGGUGGGCCUGAGCUAUACAGAGAUGCUAAUAGAGAUGACCCUAAAGCACUUCUUGAUGGUGUUGCUGUUGCUGGUCUUGUUGGGAUCUUGAGACAACUUGGUGAUCUUGCUGAUUUUGCAGCAGAGGUGUUUCAUGGUCUGCAGGAGCAAGUGACAACAACGGCUUCUAGGAGUCACAAAUUGAUGGUUCGUGUUCAAAAUAUUGAAGCUUCCCUACCUCCCUUGGAGAAGGCUGUAUUGGCACAAACAAGUCACAUACACUUUGCCUACACAGCUGGUUGUGAAUGGCAUCCGCGAAUAAAAACUGCUCGAAAUCAUUUCAUAUACAAUGACUUGCCUCCCUUUAUUAUGGAUUCAUAUGAAGAAUGCCGUGACCCUCCGCGAAUGCACUUGCUUGAUAAAUUCGAUACAGGUGGUCCAGGAUCUUGCUUCAGGAGAUAUUCAGAUCCAACCUUCUUCAAGAGAGUAUCUGCAGAUUCAGAAGAACGAUACUCUGAGAAGACUGAAAAGGCUAGGAAAUCCCGUAAAAUCAAGAAGAGACGGUCAUCGCGAAGGAACAGCGGACUUUUGAGGGGUGAACAGAUGCUUGGAAAUAGUGGCAGUAUGCAAUUUAUUUCUCCCUCAAUCAAUGGACGGACUUCUUCGCGAACAGCCUCCACAAUAGACAUGACAAUGAGAUCAGACGUGGAAGAUCGUUCAAAUUCUUUUGAUUCAAAGUCUGGUGCUGGCUACAUUGAAUGUGUUUUCCAUCCAAAUAAUUCCAUGCAGCCUGAUGAGCAGGAUUGUAAGGAACCAUCCUCUUCAAGGUUGACACCAAAAACGGAUAAUCUUAAGUCAGUAUCUCCUCCUAAGUCGGUAUCACCUCCUAUAGAUGAUAAUAUUUCGAAUGAUUCUUUGGAAAAGCAAAUCGCCUCUUCUUCAUCAGGUGUUACUUGGGAUGAGAAGGAAGAGAUAUUGGAAUCCAAUAGUCAAGCCUGUGAGGCAGAUAAAACUCCAGAGAGGCUUGUUGAAAAAUGCGACUCGGAUAUGCAUGUGAGUGAGGCUGUUAACAUAUCAAAUAUUGAUUACAAUGAUAUUUUAUUUAAUGAAGAAAGAAUCCUGAAACCAGUCUUCGGAGAGAUUCAAGCAGAUGAUAUUGACAGUGAACCUGAUAAUGAUAAUUUUGUGGAUGCUCUUAACUCCAUCGAUUCUGAAUCCGAAGUUGAUCUUGACUAUGAAACAAAACGAGAGGUACAGCAAUUCGCCUCACAUGUCACUCGUGAAAUCGUUGAAAAUGGAGGCACUGAAUCUCAUUCUAAUUUAUUAGACAGCGAUAUUCCUGACUCGCUACAAGAAAAUCCUCCUCUCAAGUCAGAGUUAUAUGCUUCUAAUUUGGGAUCAGAGACUACACCAGAUAUUCCUGAUAUUGAAAAAGUGACAAAAGACACUUUUUACUCGGACCAAGAAGUAAUCCAUGGUUUGCCUAACUCGCUGCAAGAAAUUUCUCAUCUCACAUCAGAACCACUUACACCUGAUUUUGAACCUGCGAGUCCAUCAGAUGUUCCUUACCGCAAAGAAACGUUUGACAAUUUUCCUGACACACUACCAGAAAUUGCUCCUCUUACUUCAGAGCCACAUGCAUCUAAUUUGGGAUAUGUGAGCUCAUCAGAUGUUUCUUCUACCCAAGAAAUAACCAAUAAUGUAGCUGAUUCUCAUUCCUCUGAUAGUCCCAUCUCUGAAAGGGAUCUUCACACACAUGAUAAUUCUGUUUUGGAUCACUUAGUAGGGACUCAUACCUCCAUUGAUUCUCCUACCGUUAGUGAUGCAGUGUCAACACCCAUUAUAACUGAUACACCAUCUUCUGGCUCUAAAUUACCAGAUGAAAACGCAGGUAAGAUCAAUAAUAUCUUCAAAUAUGAAGAUGCACAUAAAGAGUCUUUCAGUGAUAAUUCGGUUAGGUUCUGGACUAAUGGUGGAUUAUUAGGACUUGAGCCAUCAAAACCUCCUGACUUUACCAUGUCAAGUUCCUUAAAUCAAGGGUCUUUAAGCUUGAAAAAUGAUAUGAAUGGUGGUUCACUUGGCAAUUCCAUACAAAAGAGCAAUGAUUGCGCUCACAAAGAGGGACAUGAAUUAUCAGAAAAGGUUCCUCAACAGAUUCUCAAGGAAUCAAGUUCUAGAUAUGAUGACCAGGCUUGUGCCUCUGAAUAUACCUCCAUUGGUUCUCAGCAGAAUAAUGGUCACACUAAGAGAAACAAUUUGGUGGAAGCCAAUUCGACUGCACCUAGAACUGUUCUAACUGCCGUCGCUGACACCAAGGAUUGUGCUGAACCUAAUCAGGGAAAUGGUGAAAACUCAUCGCAGGUGUUUGGACUUGGUCAUAGAUUAUUAAUAAAAAGCUUCAACCGCAAAGUUUCUUUUGAUGAAAAAUCUGGACCCUAUAGUUCUUUGAAAUCUGUUAUAUUGGAGCAGAGUGAACAAAACAGCGUUGUAAGACAUUUACAACAACCUGAGACAACCUUCAAAGAGAAAGUUAGUUUCAGAUAUCCUAUAGAUUCACUCCCUCCUUCACCGCCACUUGAACAUAUGAAAAUAUCCUUCCAACCUCUCAGUGGACUUGAAACCUCAAAGCUAAAACUGCAAUUUCCUGAUGGAGGUAACCGUCAUGAAAGUAUAAUGGAUAUGUUUCCAUCGUUCCAAUUGGUCCCAGACUCUUCGAUUCCUAUGGACGAUUUGGGCUCUCACUCUGAUGGUGAUGACACUUUCUGUAGAUCAUCUCCCUGUGCAUCAGAUGAUUGCCAUACCCCUCGUUCUGACUAUGAUUCUGAUCAGUGGGAAUCCGAUGAAACUCCCGAAAGCAGUGACCAUGGCAUACACGAUUCUCCUCACAGAAGUUCAUCAGCUGAAUCUAGCUUGAGUACCAAAGAACAUGGCAGAUUGUCCAAUAAUGACACUGACCUAAACAAUGAACAUAUGAAUGGCGUAGAACCUUCCUUAUCAGGGUCUUUACUUGAUUUUCCAAGUUUUGAAAAUGUGAAUCCUGUACAUGAGAAAGAAAGUAACAGACAUCAUGAAUGCAAUAAAGAUGUUACAUCACAUAGUCAUGCAGAGCCUACUCGACCACCACCACCUCCUCCAGUUCCUCCAACACAAUGGAGAGUCACAAAACCGCAGUUGGAUAAGUCAAAUGAGACACAAAAUUCUAUGUCUGAAGAUGCUGAACAUCUUAGUGAUCAAAAUCUUCCAGAAUCUACUAUCUUCCAACAACCUAGGCAUGCCAAGGUUGAGAAAAUACAACGUAAUCACGAUGGUUUCGAGUCUUAUGACGCUAUUAUAAAUAAGUUGAAGGAAAAGCUCGGACCACCAAAGUUGAAUGUUCAGAAAGAAGCAAACCAGUUGAGAAUGGGAAAAGAUAUAGAUGAAAAAGAAGAUUUCCUUUAUCAAAUCAGAACCAAAUCCUUCAACCUGAGGCCUACAGUAACAGGAAAGUCAAAUGUCACAACGGGUCCCACUACAAACGUCAAAGUUACAGCAAUUUUGGAGAAAGCAAAUGCAAUUCGACAGGUUGUCGCAAGUGAUGAUGGUGAAGAUGACGAUAACUGGAGCGAUACAUAAUUUCUUGCUGCUUUCUUUUUUUAACAUUCUUUUAAUUUUCAUUCAUGAGUAGUCAUCUGUAUCUUUUAGCCUUUUCAAGUGAAGUUGCAUGAGGCUUUGUUGUAUGUACACAUGUGUGAAUAAAUCUUAUCUAUUUUUGUUAUUAAUAGUGUAGCAGCGGUUAGUUUACUUAAUUUCAUUACCUUAGUAUGAACUUAUGUUUCAUCAGUCAAUAGUCAGGUUGAGAUAACAGUGUUCCUUGAA